CCAGCUUGACACUGGUCCUUCCUCAGCAUCACCGCAUCAUCAUCCGCUUCCCCCUCCCUCAACACGGGACCCACAUUUGCCUCCAUAAAGCGUAAAACAUCGGGAUAAUGGACGACGUCCCUCCGAUCAUCAACAUCUCCAUCUCCCUGCGGAUCCAGCCCAACGAGGGGCCCGUGUUCUUCAAGGUGGACGGGACCCGGUUCGGCCAGAGCAGGACCAUCAAACUGCUCACAGGCUCCAAAUACAAGAUCGAGGUGGUGGUGAAGCCCGGAAAGGUGGAGGCCACCACCAUGAACAUCGGAGGUAUCAUCUUCCCUCUGGAGCAGCAGUCCAAGGACGAGGAGUCGGUGGUUUAUCACGCUCUGUAUGACACCGAGGGCGUCCCGCACACCAAGAGUGGAGACCGGCAGCCAGUCCAGGUCAGCAUAGAGUUUAACAAGGCGGGGACCUUUGAGACGGUGUGGCAGGCAAAAUACUACAACUACUACAAGAGGGAGCAUUGCCAGUUCGGCAACAAAUUCAGCAGCAUCGAGUACGAAUGCAAACCCAACGAGACGCGGACCCUCAUGUGGAUCAACAAGGAGGCGUUCAACUGAGUCAGCUCAUCCUUUCACUAGUCCACACACACACCGAAUACCAAGCAGAGGACAUCAGUUACCAGGACUACCUUUGAACAUCAGCAUCAAAAUAAAAGGACAGCCUUAUCCUAAAGGCGUACGUCAAGUCAGCGAGGUCUGGUAUUUGUGUUGUUUUAUUAAAGAAGGGGAGAGAAAACGGCUGUUUGCUAUGCUGGUCUUUAAGGGGUUUUUGUUUUAAAGCUGCACUCGAUAACGUUGCUUUUUUGGCAGCUUCAAAGGCCAGCAAGAGGGAAAACUAAAUAAAAAGGCAUAAGUUUAAACAAGGAUGCAAGUAGACUGCACACAGCAUGCACGUAUUCAAGAACUCAGUUGGUUUUAUAUGUUUUAUAUCAAAGGAAACCAACAGGACAGGAGAGAGAAAAGAUCUAAGACCACGUAUCUGAAUUUUACUCUUGAGAUUUAAUAUGUUGCUUCCUGUGUGUGUGGAUUUCUUUGCAGUGAUCCAACAUCUCGAUGUCAGUCACAGUUUAUGAUUUUGCUGGUACGAGCACCAAGUGGAGUGUAGCUUUAAAGCAGGAGUUUAAAGGGUUAAAGGAACAAUCAGACAUUUUGAGAAAUCAGCUUGUCAGAUCAGAAGAUUGAUAUAAAUUUUAAGUCUGUGUAACCAUUACAGAGAUAGAUCCAGUAUGUGUUUAGCUUAGUUUAGAGCAAAGACUGGACGCAGGGGAAAACUUAGCCCUUUUUCUGACCAGAACACUCAGGAUGUUGUGUUGGCUCUGGCCUGCUUUAGCUAACGCAGCAGACUUGAAAUACGACCAGUAAAGAUGCAAAGCGGACAUUUUCAAUUUUCCCCUUAGGGUAGCUUAGCUGUGUACCCAAAACACAGAGUUACAUAUGUUAUAUACGUUAUAUAAUGUUAGAAAUGGGGCUAGGUGAAAUGGGGCUAACUGAUAUCAAAAAUAUACCCAGUAGUUGUUGGACCACAAAUAGCUCCAAUGCUAACAACAGCUAAAACUGCAAUUUUUACAUCUCUAUUUCUACACCUGCUCAAUAAAUAAGACACAACAUGUAAAUCAGGCUGCUUUGGGGAUGUUGGAAGGUAGAUUUGUGCACUUUUGACUGAGCUAGGCUAUCAAUUUCCCUCUACUUCCAGUCUUUGUGCUAAGCUAGGCUAACCACAGCCCUUUUCUCUGUACUGGACACAGAGAAAACACACAGAAAUCAUCUCAUGUUACUCUGUGGAUUACAAAAAAACAAGCUUCAACUGUUCCUUUAAGGUGCAGUCAUAAGAAGCCGUCAGGUUUUGAGCAAUACCCCUCGAUAACUAAAGUUCAUCACAGCAUAUGGCGGGAGGGACUGAGCGCACCAGCUAGCAUGGUGUUAGCUGAAGACCAGGAUGGAAGACACCUGAGGACAGAGGAAGCAUUUUACCUUAUUUAUUAAAUGUGUGAGUGUAUUUGUGAGAGAGAAGAAUCAGUGUAUGAAAGUGUGUUCAUCAUUGUUCAAGUUCUGGCUAUUUUAUGUGUUAUGUGUUGUGCUAUUAAAUGGAAAAAUCCACCUUAAAUAAUCAAUGCUGUUUGAGAAAAUCAGCUAGCAGUCUGGUCUAUGCUUAUUCUUCGGAGGAUAUGUUUUAGCAGUGGUGGAAGAAGUACUCAGAUUCUUUACUUAAGUAAAAGUAU